AUUAAAUCUGAUCACGUCACCCUAGAAUUGAUGAUUUGGGCCAUAAGGGUGCUGUUGAUAUUGGGGUUCAGAAUCAUUUCGAGAGCCAUAGAUCCCACCUCCGAGAGUAUUACGUGCUGCGGGGUUAGGUGCUUCGUGACGAACUCCUGCUGGCAGUUGCUGGUGAACUUGGUACGCAUUGCCAUGGGUAUUACCAGGAGUUGGAGCAUUGAACUGUGUUGGCGGUACGACCACUGGAGGAUCGGGGUCCCGUACUGGAAGAUCCGUGUGUGGUGCCUCAUCUAUCAUCUCACCCUCCUCGUCGAGCUCAGCAGCAUCCGACUGAUGACGGUCUCUUGAGUGCAC